UAAUUGCGAUCACAAAGCCUAGGGACAGGUCUGGCCUGGUCCUAAUGUCCUGUUUAAAUAGUUGGUGGAACAACUACAAACCAAUUCAUAUGAAUAAGCGGUUUCACUGUAUAUACGCCCAUAGUUUCAGCUCAUUUUAUUAAUUAACUACUUUCUUAGUUUACUCAUCAAACAUUCAAACCAAACAUCAUCAUGGUGGAGCAGUGGACUACGACGGCGACUAAGCCAAGCCGAAGCGACGACGUUUUGGACCCAGAUCAGCAGCUGAAGAUCGCCGAGCAAGUGAGAGCUCAGUUCGAUUCCAUGGCCCCCAAAAGACCAUCCAAGCCCAACAGAAGCGAACCCGAUCUGUCGUCACCAACCCCUCUUGAUCACCACGCCAUAACCAUUCCCGAACUCCACAAGUUUCAGUCUCUUCAGCAGUCUCAAUCUCAGGUAGUGCUUUCUACGGAAGGAGCUCCAGCAGCGGCGGCGGAGGAAGAGUUUGUCGAGACUGAGUACUACACAGAACUGGGUUCCAUCGAUAAACAGCAUCACACGACCGGAACUGGGUUUAUAAAGGUGAUGAGAGAUCAAGAAGGAGAAAAAGGGUACGGUGAUUUGGGUCCGGUUGGUACGGUGGUGCCUCCGGUUGUUACUAGAAGCAAUCCGGCGACCAAUGAUUGGAUUCCGAACAUGGAUGCAGAUCGGAUUUUUAUCACAUCAAAACCAAAUCGGAGUGAGAGUGAGAGCUCUUAGAUCUGCAUACAGAGAAAAAGAUACCAUCUUGGCUUGAUUUUAACGGUACCAACUUUUUGAGAAAAACAUGUUUUUGAUGUCAUUUUCUUUGAUUAAAAAAAAAGAAAAGAAGAAGAAGAAGAUAUAUUAGAUAAGGAUGCGUUUGAUUGAAGCUUGAAUAUUUUAAUGUUACGUAUUAAAAUAAAAAUGGCUUUUGGACU